CGCAGUUACAGGCCUCAUCGACGGCUGCACUGGAAAGAUUCCGAGUUCACUUCCAGUCCCAGAACGGCGACAAUGCUCCGAAGAUCGGCAGAAUUCGCUCCCGUCUGCUUCCACUCGAAUCAUUCUCCGGUAUUGUGAACGUGGAAUUUGAACUAGUCUGGGUUCUUAGUUGGAAUCGCCGUAACUCUAAGAAGAUCACCAGUUGAAUCACGGGAGGGAUUCAAUUCUUACACUCGUCUGGGCCGAGGAGAUUGUACCUGUCGAUGUGAGCAAUUGGCGACGAUCAGGGUUUGCAGCUGCGAUCUUAGCUGGUUAUGAAGAUCGUGAACAAUCCAGUAUCUGGAAGUGAGUGGAAGAGUUAGGAAUCGCACUGGAAGUUUUUUUUUCCUGCACUGGGCUGAAGAGGUCGUGCGUUCGGACUCUGCACAGAUGACGAGAGUGACGAAGUACUUGAAACCUUAUGUCUUGAAGAUGUUUUUCUCCAACAAGUACGUCAGCGCCCAAGUAGUGCAUUCGCCGACGAGUACCACUGUCAUUGCUGCUUCGUCGCAAGAAAAGCUCUUGCGCGGAGAGCUUCCUAAUACCGCUGAUGUAGCUGCUGCUGCGAAGAUUGGGCAGAUUCUUGCAGAGCGCUUGAAACUGAAGGAAAUUCCGGCCGUAGCAUUUGAGCUUGAAAGGGGCGAGAGGUAUCAUGGGAAGCGGAAAGCUCUUGUUGACAGCCUUAGGGAGAGUGGUGUGAAGCUCAUUUGAAUAGACCUCUAACAUUUCAUGUCGGCGAAGAACUCCGGGUUCAUAGCCCAGGAUUUUUUUUUCAUGUUUAACGGGACCAGUCCGUUUUCAUUUUCCGAGAUCUUCUUCUAUGCAGAAGCAGAGAUGCAGUAUCCAGAUCUCAGUGUGACCAAUUCAGUAUUUUUUCAAUUUUUGAUUAUCUCAGGCGAGAUCUUAGCUCUGGCUAGCUGGAGUACGGGCUUUUGUGGAAAACCCUAAACCUCCUUGAAUUCUGGAAUUCGUGUAUCUGGGAUGAUUGUCGUUGGAGAGCAGAAGUUUACGCAUAAACUUAUCUGAGAAAGCUGGAUGCGGAUGAAUUUAGGGCUCAACAAGCUCAUUAUGCACCUCGAGAAUUUUGGAUUGAUACACUUGAGGUGAAAACUUGUGAGUCGCAGAUCAUCACAGUAGAAAAUUUGAAAGUUUCUGUACGAAUUCUGUGGAUGACUGGCUGGAUGAUUGCGUUGGCGGGCUGUUAGACCCGGACGCAAGUAGGAAAAUAAAUAUGUGAAAUUUGUAUCAACCUUGCUGGUCUCUGUAUCGUUUCUCUGCCCAAAUUCAUGGUCAUUGACUUGUGUAUGCUUUGGCUGUGCACAAGUUAGUCGUAAAUUCUUCACGACUAUGAUUUGCGAGGGUUUGAAGGGUGGAUCUGCUUUUUCAUACACGUGAAACUGGUCAACACGUCCAGCGAAUUCUCUUUUUUGAGAGCAGCCUUCAUGUGUACUUGAGGUAGAGUGACAUCAAUAGGCAUUUUUGCCUUCUAUAUUCUUGAAGUUCAUAAUUUGUCUGAGUCUUUGUCAGCAGUAAAUAAAGUUUCAUAUUCGCAUUGAAUUAGACUUAUUGCUAAGGUAAACCAACUUCACAG